GGUUCUCUCUGAAAACCACUCUUAAGAAACUGAUGUGGUCGGUCGCCAAGACCGCAUACCGUGGAGACGGCGAAGGCGGCAGGGGAGUGUUCCGGAAGAAGGCGCAGCACCUGCCGCCGCGCGGGGGUCUCGGCGGCCGAGGGAGCGGACGGGAAGGGACGGAGCCGGGACGAGCAGAGAUUAGAACCCGGGGCAAGAGUAGGCAAAAGACGCAGGAGAGCAGCAGAGGUUCGAGGGCGAAAAUAAAAGAGCGGAAUAAUCGCGGAGGCGUUAAGCGGAGCUAAGGAAACGACUGGGGGGAGGAAGGAGUUGUGAAGAAUAAUCGAGCAGAGGCACGGAGGGAUUAAAUAGGGAGGAGGAGGGGGCAGCUCGUCCAGCAUGCGGCGCAGAUCAUGGGCAACCCCGGAAGGGUUAACAAUCCAGGGAGAGUCGGCGGAGAGGUGUCGGGAAGCUUGGCAACGAGGAGGCACCGGAGCGUAAAAGCUGAGGCAAACGUCGGGCAGCGGGCGGAGUAGAGGAGCGCGAAGGGAACGGGAGCGCGAUAAAAGGGGGAAAGUGGGGUUCCGUGAGGAAAGAGAGACGCGGAAAGUCAGCCAGGGGAGGGAGCGCAGCACCGCAGCCCAGGAGCCUGGCGAACACCAGCGGCCGUGCCCGGGCACUGGCUCUGACUGAGUGAGGAACACAAAAAUCGAAGUGAGAAAAGGCUCUCAGAAGUGCGCAGGUGGAUUUUUUUACACGGGGGGUGAUUUCCUGACGUUUUCUUUUCGACAUUUAAAUAUCGACGGGUGUCGUUACACCCGGCAACUACUACUACGACAGGUGUUGAAGCAAUAGCUCGGAGAUUGAAGCCAGGACCACAAAGCCAUCGCCUUGUGUCUGCGAAUGUAAAAGCUUUUGUUAUACAGAGCUGAAAUAGUCUUUUGCGGAACUUUAACGUAGAAUGUGUUAUUAACGCGUUUCUUUUUUCUCCGUCAAAGAAAUGUUGGAUCGUUUCAGGUUGGAACGCGUUAUAUUCGGAAACCUUAUUAAGCUAUUCAAGUGGAAAAAUAGGAAUACAUCAUUUUUAGUCUCUGAGGUCGGUAGUAUGGGUCAUUGUUGAAAUUAUAUAACCAAUGUAUUUAAAUAUAUAAGCGGUAUAUUGGUAACUCCGUUCUGAUCAGGUAAAACUGUUUUAUUGUAGGCAGCAAAGAGUCUUUUACUCGGUUUCUUCGAUGUAAUCACUGGAUGUAUCGGUUAUUUUAGAGGUGGUUGUAUAUUUGUUUCUACUAAUAGAUCGUAUUUAAAGAAAACAAGGGUCGCACUGAUACUUCAUUUUUUUAAUUGUUUAGAUAGACAUAAUUACGGGAAUAUAACAUAUCAUAAUGUUCGUUUAGAAGAACGCGCAUCGAAAUCUCUUUUUCUCCAAGAUUAUCGUCGGUCUUUUUACUCUUGUCUUUGGACAGCAGGGUUCUUGCGUUUACAUAAUCCCGCCGGCUUCCUCUGUAAAAUUCUACCUGUUGUGCACCGGUAGGCCUGAAAUGCAAGACGUUAAUGCAAUCCUCUUACACCUGGAACAAGCUUGAAAUCGUCCAUUUGAAUCCGUUCUGAAUGAGCACCAAGACUGUUACAAAGCAACAGAUAUGCAGUUGGCGAAGCUGUACUAACCUCAUCUCUGUGUGGCAGUUUCUCAACCUCGCGGAAUAUUUCACCUCAUAACACAACGUUAGUAUCGCGCUAAACUAGAGUGAAAGCUGUCUUCUGGAGCGGGAACUCCAUUCAGGAAAUGCACGGAGAAGUAUGCACGUAGCUGAUUGAUUGCAACUCUUCAGUGAGUCGCACCGCACCCUGGGUUUCCCUGCAAAACCAAGCACGCUGGAAAACGAUGAGCCGUGUAGGCUACUGUUGGGCGAUGCUGAGGCUGAGAGACGGUAGCGCAUAGCCUACAAAUAUGUGCCAACCUACGACUCUCUCUAAAGGCAGACCGGGCUCCCUGUUCGAAGCGGGACAGCUGUUCCUGAAACACACGACCUUCCACGGGCUGCGCCACGUCUUUCUGGCCGGCUCCUACCCGCGCCGGCUGGCUUGGCUCCUGGCUUGCCUGGCUGCGCUGGCUCUGCUCUUCACCUGGUCCUCCAACCGUGUCCGCUACUUCCUCUCCUCGCCGGUUCACACCAAAGUCCACAUGGUUUACGCCAAGCGCCUGGUGUUCCCCGCCGUCACCAUCUGCAACCAGAACUUGCUGCUGCCCCGGCGCAUGGAGAAGCCGGACAUCUUCACCGCGGGCCGGUGGCUGGGUUUGCUGGGGAGGAACCUGCAGGUGUCCGCCGGGGCGCGCGAAGCCCUCUCCCGGCACGGGGCCAGCGAUCCCCGCUGGUCCCCGCUCUCCCGGAUCCUGGAUUUCACCCACUUCCUGCCGCCGCCUCGCGACUCCCAGCCCUCCAUGAAGCAGCUCCUGGACCGGCUUGGCCACCAGCUCGAGGAAAUGCUGCUGUACUGCCGUUUCCAGGGGCAACUGUGCGGCCCGCGCAAUUUCAGCACCAUCUUCACCCGCUACGGGAAGUGCUAUACCUUCAACUCCGGCCAGGACGGGCGCCCCCUGCUGGUCACCAUGAAGGGCGGGACAGGCAAUGGCCUGGAGCUCAUGCUGGACAUCCAGCAGGACGAGUACCUGCCUGUGUGGGGGGAGACAGAUGAGACGUCCUUCGAGGCCGGGAUCAAAGUGCAGAUCCACAGUCAGGAUGAGCCCCCUUUCAUCGACCAGCUGGGAUUUGGGGUAGCACCGGGCUUCCAGACUUUUGUUUCCUGUCAGGAACAGCGGCUGGUGUACUUGCCCCAGCCCUGGGGGGACUGCAAGGCCACCCCCAUGGACUCAGACUUCUUCGACACGUACAGCAUCACGGCGUGCCGCAUCGACUGCGAGACGCGUUACCUCGUGGAGAACUGCAACUGCCGGAUGGUCCACAUGCCAGGGGAUGCUCCCUAUUGCACUCCGGAACAGUACAAGGAGUGCGCUGACCCUGCUCUUGACUUCCUGGUGGAGAAGGACAACAACUACUGCGUGUGCGAGACGCCAUGCAACACCACACGCUAUGGCAAGGAGCUGUCCUUCGUCAAGAUCCCCAGCAAGGCCUCGGCCAAAUACCUGGCCAAGAAGUUCAACAAAUCGGAGCAGUACAUCGCGGAUAACAUCCUGGUGCUUGACAUCUUUUUCGAGGCUCUGAACUAUGAGACCAUUGAGCAGAAGAAAGCCUACGAGGUGGCAGGACUGCUGGGUGAUAUCGGUGGUCAGAUGGGCCUCUUCAUCGGCGCCAGCAUCCUCACCAUCCUGGAGCUCUUCGACUAUCUUUACGAGGUGGUGAAGUACAAAGUGUGCCGGUGCUCUCGGAAAAAGCACAAGCGCAGCAACAACAACGACGGGGGCGUGGUCCUGAGCCUGGACGAUGUGAAACGUCACGUCAGUAACUAUCACUUGGCCCCCUGUGAGAGCACCCGCCCCCCUCCAUCGUAUCCCGGCAACUUGCUACCUCAUCACCCAGGGCGGGGCAACUUCGAGGAUUUCACUUGUUGAGCCAAUUGGAAAGGGGCAGGGAGGCGGAGCCCUCCGAGAAUUACCAAAGUCUCAAGGUGUCCAACGGCCUUUUGCUCCAUAAUGGAAUACAAAAUCAGACACAAAGACAAUGCGCAAGGGUCAAUGGACAAAUACACCAUGGAAGCAAAUAUACAUUAGCAUAAGGGGAAAUCGUGGAAAUCAAGGCUAAUUGCAGAGAGGAACUCUUUUAAGACUCCUUAAAAACAGCUUUCCAAGCUAAAGCCUGGAGAGAGGCCUUCUUUUUGGCAACAGUAAAUUCCAUUUUACAAGCCGGGAGGAUUUCCAUUGAACAGCCCUGAACUGUUCCCACCAGACUCGUCCAUCUUUAGAAAUUCUAGUGCUUCUCCACCAUUACUGUAGCGACAUGUCAACUGCUGGAGUCUUUUCAGGACUGCAGACACAGUGCAUUUCCAGGAGAAUGUAUCUUUCUAGUUUUAAGAAACAGAAAAAUAACAUGUAGGGGUAUCUUUACUUGGGGGGGGUGGGGGCUUACAUCACUUGGGGGGCUGGGUGGGGGGUAGUCGAUCAUCCGUGUGCACAGGUAGAAGGUUUGAGUGAUUGCAAAUGUUUUCAUGCUGCUCUUGCACCUGUGAAAAACGAGUCAUUCUUUCAUGCAGGUCUCUGUCUCAUGUAGUGCAUGUGUGUCUUCAUUUCUGCAUGUCUUCUUCCCACUGUGUGUUUGCUUUUAAAAUGUGUUGGUGUGAAGUUUCUUUAUUUUGGAGGGCGUGUCUGUGUUUUGGGGAUGGUACUGGCGUCGCUGAGUUUACAAACUGGGUAUUGAGGGAGUUGUGUCUCAGAGGUUGUGUUUGCUUGUUAACUGAAAGCUGGGGCAGAUUAUAUUGCAAUGAGGGAUCACCGUGUGCAGAUACAGACCCAGGGUCUUUAGCAGGAGCCAGAUUCAAUGUAACGUGUGAUGUAUGCAGCAUCGAUUUAAGGGGUUCGCUGCACGAAACAGGAAAAAUGUAAUUUCUUCCCCUCCAUUGAUCUGCAGUCACCUUCUGAAAGAUACUGCUGACUGGCGUGUUACACCAGGGCUUUUGUGUACAGAAGGAAAUUGUUCCCAGAUUAGGAACCAGGGCCAGUCGAGCAGGGUAUCGAUCUCCCUUAUGAACUAGUGAACUGCACACAGGAAGGAAGAAGACACAUGGAAGGAUUGUAAGAACAGCUCACUUUCACUCGUUAAUAGGCUCUGCUGUAGCAAUAUACAUGCAGGUAUGUUCAUGGUAGAAACACCAGAUUUAGACAACACUAAAGAUGAUACCUUGCUUUUAAAUUGUGCUUUUCAUGUGGAAGGCAUCUUUUACAGAUUGGAGGGAUUUUGCACAGAAUUUCAGCAUCAUCUUGCUCGGCUUUUCCAACCAAACAGGGUAAAAAAGGUGGGCUAGACUGGAGAAAUCGGAUUUGAAUUUAGCCAGAACCCGAACACCGUAGAGAAGCACCCCUUUUUCCCUUGAGAGAUCUUUGAAGACUGCAGGGCAUUAGUAUGGGAAUUUCUGGACUUGCAGGAAGAGUGAGACCAACAGGUCCUCCAAUUAUACUUACCGGCAGCAACCUGUUUUUCAACAGACGCCUCCAAGUGUCCCAGCUCUCUCUAGGCCCAGCCUGGCUUAGCUUCUGAGAUGAUAAGUCUUCUAAGCAAGCCUUGCUUUCACGCUUGUCAAACACACAUGUGUAUACGAUGUGCACAGUGAGUGCUUAAGGAGGACCACAGGAGAAUCUGAGAGCAUUACUAGCAAAUGUGGCUGUUUGUAGUCCUCAGCACGCAAGGCAGGUCAGCACAAGACAAAUCAGACAGAACUGCAUAGUUAAGCGGGAGGCAUUCUACCAGGGCAAAACAGCUCAUGGAAUUAAUUUAGUGACACAUGCAGGGGAAAGAGAGAGCCUUUAUUAUCCCCAAGGGGCAAUUCAUUUUUACAGCAGCAGCAGGCAAUAUAAAUAAAACACACAGACAAUACAUAUAAACAUGAACAAGGGAAUCAUCUGUUGUUGGAAAUUAUGGCCACAGGUAUAAAUGAGAAUUCAGCCCUGUUUGUUUUUAGAUUGCGCAAUCUGGAUUUGCUUCUGAGAGGGGUAGCUGGAAUUCAUUAAACAAAGGAUGUGAAGGGUACCCUAGGAUGGAAUCUGCUUUACGCAAGACUUGUAACUGAUUGUUGUGGGGCAGGGCCGAAAGACCAACACUUUUCGGCUUAGUUUGACAAGACUUCCCAGUUUGUUCUUCCUCCUAUUCUUAUUCAGAUUCCCAAACCAGCAGAUCGGGACAAAACUUAAAGAAGAUUCAGUAUAAUAAUAAUAAACUUUAUUUUAUGAAGCGCCUUUAAAGGUAGCUUCUCAAAGCACUUUACAGGAUGACAACAACAAUGAAUAAAAAAUACACAAGAUAAAACACAAUUACAAUACAUAGAGGAGACCGUGUAUAAGACUGAUAAAUCACGAUCAACAACGAAUGAUCAACUUUAUACAGAAUGUUUACUAGAAUGCGGAGUGCUGUGUGUGAGGGGGGGUGUGUUGUGUGGCUGGGAGGGGCUUUAUGUGUCAGGGCUGAUGAGGAUCCGGAAGGGGAAAGGAAACCAGGUGUGACCACCCUGACUUCAGCUGGGUCCUGGUGUCUGGGGGCGUUGGUGGGUGUUAGGAGACGUGGAUGGUGCCAUCAGACUGCAUACAUGCUGGAUUCAGAAUUAAUAGCUCUUUUUAAAGAAAAAUGACAUUCGUUGCCACAUUGCAUGUCAAUACUGUACAAUAAUGCCACUCCUUGAAACAAUCAUCCUUGAGUACAAGGAGCUCUGUUUGAGUGGGUGAAAAAGUAUGAGCAACAGAUAUAUUGGGGAACAAUCUGCAUUCUGCCACAUGGCAAUGCAGACUCAAGACUUCACAAGGGGCAAAUCGGGGCAAAGGCAGACUUAUCGCCAGGGUGAAGCAUGCAGACACUGGUUGUUAUUGAGGGAAACAACAGAUUAUGACCUCAGAGUCUGUCCUUGUUCUAUGCAUGAGGGGCGUUAGUGAGAUUCUAUAUCAGUAAAGAAAAAAAGUGGGCGUUAAUUGCUUUAUGACUCAUUUAAUUGCACACACGAGAAUUGAAGUACUGUAAUAAUCUGUAAAAAUGUUGGUGUUAGAGGAGGAAGUGAGUGAUGAGUUGGUGUCUCGGGAAGGUUUUAAGAAAUGUGGUGGGGAGAAAUUGCUACUGCAGUCCCUAGGUCCCCAAUUCUGGCCCUCAGGGGCUGGUGCAUCUUCAGUUUUUAAUGAACUGGUUGCACUCAUAAUCGUUACAACUGGAGAAGUUGAACAGAUUCUCCCAUAUCUUCAGGUUAAUGAGACCUGGAAAACCAGUACUGGCCCUCUGGCACUAGGACUGGGAACGCCCACGGUAUCCAAUAUGCUUCUCGAUCCCUCCUUUUCUGAACUCCUCCACUCCACCUUGUUCAUCUUCCCUCCCUGAGAAAUCUCUCCAAUGGGUGAAGCUGCAUGGUUAUGACUGACGGAGAAGUAGUCCAGCCCCUGCCUUUAAUCAGUUACACAUUUUUUUUAAUCCUGCCUCCAUAACCACAACACUAGCCAGACUGUUCCCAGAACUUUGGAUUGUUUUACUGUGCUCGAUUCAUGGGAGGAAAAAACAAAUUAUGUGUUACAUUCAUGAGAUGAAUUCCUCUUAUCCAUUUUAAAUACUCUACUUUUCUAGACUUCAAAGAGGUGGACCAUAUACACUUCUGUCUGUUAUUUACUCAGAUCUCAUAUCAAAGCACAAAAUUACCACCAGUAAGUAUGUAAGGUAAUAAACUAUGUAUUUAAAAUGACUAGGAUUAUAACUCAGUUUCCUAUGAUUAUCAUGAUUAUCAUUACUAUUCUUAAUACAAUUACUAUUCUUAUUAUUCCUGUAUUAUUGGACAACUUUUCUUUUUCUACAAUGGAUACAUAUCGCCUGACAGUCUCGUCAUCAUCUUUGCAAAUAAUCGGCUGUCCUAUUUACCAAACAGUAUAUAAUAAAACAUGUAAUUCUA